AUGUCUAGGAACUUACCCAGGAAUCCCAAUGUUCACGGGGCAAGAACCAACACUUCAUCCACUGAACACAAUUGCAAGAUCUCUUGGAAACCUCCAAGACUUGCAAAGCCUUCUCAGUGGCUAUUGAGUCUGUGACAUGCAGUUGCAGACAGGAAUGGCACAGCCAGAGCAAUGGGGGAUCCCUCAGCAAUACAUUCACCCAGGUCUCGACUCCAAGACUCGAAGAGAACAGAGUUGACCCCAAAAUCCUCUCUCUCUACUCCAACAUCAAAGACAACAAGUCGAAGAGUAAGUGCUUUCAGCUUUCGAGUUCUCCUCCUUGGUUUUCUAACUGAGUCUAGCCGUGAGUGCAAAGGCCGACAAAGUGUUCAUGUGUUCGUUCGGCAACUGCAGAAAAGUCUUCUACAAGAAGUGGAACUUCAGCCUCCACAUGAAGAUGCACUACAAGAUCAAGCAGUUCAAGUGCCAGGCAUGCGGAAAAGAGUUCACUCAGAAGUGCAACUACAACAAGCACAUGAAGACACACAGUCGUUCUUAAUUCCUAAAAUUUCAAUCAACUUUGUUCUUGGGCUAGAAAUAUCUUCUUGAGUUGCUAAAAAGCGUCAUCUUACAGUGAAUUAGUAGGUUUAGAGUUCAUCAACUAAUUAUUAUCUUAGUGAACUUGCUUAGAUGCAGGAGGUCUGUACGACCUGGGGAUUUCAUAGAUAUCUUCAUAUAUAACUCUUUCCUAAUUAAAACUAAAUUUGCGUGUUUGCGUAGGAAAAAGCGAAUAUUUCAUACUAUUUUGUAUCAAUCAGUCUGAGGUUAAUGAAGAUGCGGUGGCAUAAAUUAAAAACUUCAGUUUCUCAAGGGAUACUGAAAAUUCUUCUCUUUUCCUCUUCUCCUUAUCUUUUUCUUCUCUAAUUCUUCAUUUCAACAAAGGAGUCUCCUAAUUUUAGUUGAACUCAAACCAUCAUAGAAUGAUGUGGUUUACCAACAUGCUAGAUGAAGAAGCCUAAGAGCAUUAAGUCACUUCCCAAUAGCCUCAGUGUU